AUGGAGUUUGAUAUAAUUGUGAGGCAUGGCAUCAUCGCCAAUGCGAACGACGUUGUUUCUGGCCAGGAUAUAGGAGUCAAGGAUGGAUUGAUUGCCUGCAUCGGAAGCAAUCUGCCUUCUUCACCCUCCACUACGAUCAUCGACGCCAAAGGCGGCUACAUUACGCCUGGGGGGGUUGACUCCCAUGUGCACCUCGAGCAGCCAGACCUAAGGCAAGACAGCGACACCUGGGAGACAGGCACACGCAGUGCUGUCUGCGGCGGGACCACAACUGUGCUUGCGUUUGCGGUGCAGCAGAAGACUGACAAGAGUAUCGUCCCUCUCGUGCAAGAUUAUUCCACCCUCGCCAGGGGUAACGCUGCCUGCGACUACGGGGUUCACAUCAUUUUGUCGAAUCCGACCAAGCACAUCCUGGACACCGAGCUUCCAGAAAUUGUCAAGACUUCGGGGAUUACAAGCGUCAAGCUUUAUAUGACUUACGAUGCUAUGAAGGUAGACGACCGCGGCAUUCUAGAUGUCCUGAUUGCAACUCGGAAGCUCGGAAUCACGACUAUGAUCCAUGCUGAAAACCAUGAUAUGGUCUCUCUGAUAACUGAGACGCUGGAGCGGGACGGGCAGACCGAUCCCUACUUCCACGCCAUUUCCCGGCCGAAGAUAGCUGAGGAUGAAGCUUCCUAUCGCGCCAUUGCGCUUUCAGAACUGAUGGACACCCCGAUUCUAUUAGUUCAUGUAUCAAGUGAGACCACUGCAUCCCACAUCCGCCGCGCCCAGUCCAGAUUACUCCCAGUGUACGGUGAAACAUGUCCCCAGUAUCUAUAUCUCCUGUCGGAGAACUUACAAGGCGAGGAGUUCGAAGGCGCCAAGUGCGUCUGCUCGCCCCCCGUCCGGGAAAGUCCCGAAGACCUGCAGGCUAUGUGGACGGCCAUUGCCAAUGGCACGUUCACGACGUACUCCUCCGAUCACUGCGCAACGAAAUUCAAUGCCUCUGGUGGAAAACGCCUCGGGCUGGUUAACGGGAUUCCGAAAUUCAGCAAGAUCCCAAACGGCCUGCCCGGCUUAGAGACCCGUCAGCCGCUGCUCUUCAAGGGCGUCCUGGAUGGUAAAAUCAGCAUUCAGGACUUUGUCCGAGUCAGCUGCUCAAAUCCUGCCCAGCUCUACGGUCUUCCCAAUAAGGGCGUUAUUUUCCCCGGCAAGGACGCCGAUUUGUGCAUUUGGUACCCCAAGGGCCAAAUGCAGCCGCUCCAACUCACGAAUGCUAUGCUGCACCAUGACAUAGACUAUAGUCCCUUCGAGGGCAUGACGUUUUAUAACUGGCCGCGAUGUACAAUCCUGAGAGGCAAGGUCGUUUGGGAUCGGGAUAACGGUGGUUAUGUAGGGAGGAAGGGCGAUGGAAAUUACCUAAAGCGGCAGUCUAGCAUGCUUCGCGGUCCACGAAAUGUUUUUGUUAACGAGUGGAGGCCCCCAACCGAAGUGUUCGAGCAGUCUACGAGGGGCAGCAAGUGUUCAUCUUGCCUGGAUUGCAGGUAG